CGCUCUGACCAUUAUCAUGGAGCUCUUCCCGACACCAACAGUGGACGAGAAUGUGGCGCGCUACUGCUUCUUCCUGCGCUCCUCAUCCACCCAGACGCAAGCUGAGCUUCUCCAAGUAGCAGAUCAUCAGUGCAAAGCCUUCCUAGACUUCGCAGCGCAGCAGACGCGCGGGUUCUUGUGGCACAAGCACCGUUUCCACCUCGACGUACACACCACCAAGAGCGGGCGUUAUAUUCUGUCCGGAAGCACCAGCGUCGGCGAUGCCAUUCAGGACGAGUGGGUCGUGGCCAAGCUCGUGUUUGACAUCACUAGCAAGUUCCCAGGUGUCGUGGGCAGAGUAUGCGACUCGGACGGGGAGUUUCUACUCAUCGAGAGCGCCGAGGCGCUGCCCGACUGGGUCACACCCGAAGACAGCGACCGAAGAGUGUUCGUGCUCGACGGGAAGCUGCACAUUGCGCCACCCGCAGCCGCCAAUAAGAGAGGCAAAGAUGGGGAUCUAUACGACGAAGACGCGUUGCUACAAGUGUUAAACGCGAGUGUCCAGACAGAGGCGAGUACAGCAGUGCAGCGUCUGAUUCGACACAAACUGGACCAAAUUCCUGCCUAUCUACGUGACAAUCGCCAUCGAGUCAGAUGUCUGCUACCGGAGAGAGCUGCACGGGUAUUUACAGCCAAUAUAGAGCUGGUGGGGCCUGCAGUGGAGGCGUUCUACUAUCGCGAACCGAAACAGGCAGGGCUGGUAUGUACCAAGAUGGCUACAUUCAUACCCGCAGGAGGUGUAGUGGUAGAGCACCGAGUCACGUUCUCAAGAGCCAUGUUUGCUCAGCUCAAGCAGCAGGAAUUCUUCCCACCGAAGCCAUUUCUUCGUCUUGAUACACGAUACCGUGUGCUGGAGAAAAAAGACGGAGAACAUACACAUCCAGACAAACAAGCGGCGGAUAUUGGCGUGAAACUUGCUUGUGGCCUUGAGUUGCUGUACGCUGGAGACACAGAAGACCAGCUUGGACGACCAUGGAGGCAGGUUAUUGAUGAAGCACUAGAAGAACAAGUGACGUUGUCGACGCUGCCGAUUGAAGCCGACGAUGACGACUCGUGGCUGUACAUGCACCCUGACACACUGGAAAGUCAACUGCAACGUGCUGCUAUGGCGGGGUCUGGUACGGCACCUGGAGGCGCUGACGAGCUGCAAAACAUGGCUGCUAUGUUUGGCAAGUUUGUGGACGGGGUCUCCGGUGUAGAUGGUGUGGAAGGAGCGGAGCCUGUCCAGUUCGACAUGAGCUCCUUCAUGGAGAUCUUGAAUGGCCAUGAACGAGGGGGUGCUGACUUGGACGCGCCGUGGGGGCAGCACUUUAUGGAUGAAGACGAGCCCGAUAGUGCCGACGAGUCAGGAGAUAAAGGAAGUGACGAUGCACUGGACGAGGCCAUGGCUGAAAUGGAGGCAGAGCUGGCAGGAACUGACGUAGCCAAGAGUUUCUCUCGCUUUGAAGAGGUGAAAGACGAUGAAGCUGCGUCAUGUGUCCAGGACGGGUCGACUGACGUUGGCUCGGCGUCCUUUUCGUCGGCAAAGCCACUGGAUCUGGACUACAAUCUGCUGUCCAACCUGCUCGAAUCGUUCGCGUCUCAAGAGGGCCACGCUGGCCCUGUCAGCAACAUUUUGAACGAAAUGAACUUUCCCAAGUCAGCUCCGUAACAGUAAUCACAGCGUUCCUCUGUUCACGACGCAUUUGGACAUUAUCAACAGGUUAGGUUAGGACGGCACAAGACAACUUCUCACGUCGUAGUAUCCGGGGCAGGUUUUGCAGACUCGGGCACAGCUGAUGUAGCUGUACUCGUCACUGGCGGGUUGUCCUCUUGUUGACACCAUGAGAACAGGAAUUGUCGGGCUUGUGCUUCUCUGGCUUCGACCUUCUUUAAUUUCUCCGCCAUCUCCUUAAACUAUAGCAAACACAAAUAAGAAAAAUACAACAUAAGCUUAACAAAUUCA